AUGUUCGAUCACGCCCACAGGCCCCGGCGCAACAAGCUCUGUAAAAGUAAAAACAGCAGGGUCGCACACUCCACACGCGCUCACGCCAGCGCUCACGCUCACACUCUCAACGCGCACACGGCAAACAUUAAAGGUGUGUUAUCCGAUGGAAAGCUCGUUUGCCACCCACAAGCGCUCAAAACGGCUGGCCGUGGCAGAGCUCCUUCCUCUGGCCGUCUCGGAGCGUCCGCAGAGGAGGCGCUGUGGCAAGGCAGCCUGCUGACCCACGCUGGUCGCCGCACUGCCGAGCUGCAGCGUCAGCUACUCGAGCGCAUCUCUCAGCCCUGGGGGUCAAGAGGCUUCGCGGGAAGCACGCGGUCUUCAGAGCUGGGGGAGAUCAGGAAUGUGACGACCAAUCAGCCGUCUCUGGAGCUGGACGGGUUGGAGAAGUACACCAACUACAGCAUCCAGGUGUUAGCCUUCACCAACGCCGGAGACGGAGUCCGCAGCGAACAGAUCUACGUCCGCACCAAAGAGGAUGUUCCCGGUCCUCCAGCGGGGGUGAAGGCCGCGGCUGCCAGCGGCUCCGUGGUGUUUGUCUCCUGGCUGCCUCCGCUCAAACUCAACGGCAUCAUCAGGAAAUACAUCGUCUUCUGCUCCAAUCUGCAUCCUAUGGUGAUGAGUGAGUUUGAGGCGUCUCCAGAUGCAUAUUUCUACAGGAUCCCCAAUCUGGCUCGAAACAGACAGUACAGUAUCUGGGUGGUGGCGGUUACGGCUGCUGGUCAUGGCAACAACAGUGACAAGAUCACCGUGGAGCCUCUGGCCAAAGGUACUCCACCUUUAACACAACACAGGGUUCUUACGGGGGCGCUGUGGUAUUGUACCAUCCCCCCCCUGCUGAAAACAGGAGACCCCAUCUCAGACAACAUGUCGGGCAGCGGCGGUCUGAAGAUGGUGGUCACCAUCACGUCUGUCCUGGUGGUGGCCGUGCUCGUCUUCAUCAUGCUCAUGGUGCUGAAGAGGAGGCGGAGGGAGCAGAGGCUCAAGAGGCUCAGAGAUGCCAAGAGCCUGGCAGAAAUGCUGAUGAGCAAGAACACUCGCACUCCAGACACGGUGAACAAGCAGCAGCAGACGUUACGGAUGCACAUCGACAUUCCCCGAGCCCAGCUACUCAUCGAGGAGCGGGACACCAUGGAGACAAUCGAUUUCUCUGACAUCCAGCCAAAGUUUCCUGCUCCCCACAAAUAUAAAAAUAAAUGUAUAAAAGAUGACAGGUCCACUGUGCUGUUGACAGACAAUGACUUCGGGGAGACGAACAAGCAGAAAUCGUCCACGGUGACGCACACGGUCCACUACCAGUCUCUGUCCCAGGCCACCGGGCCGCUGGUGGACGUGUCCGACGCCAGGCCCGGAACCAACCCCACUGCCAGACGCACUGCCAAAGCCGGUCCUGCCGCGACGCGGAGCCGAUACGCCAGCCAGUGGACGCUGAACCGGCCGCACCCCACCAGCUCCUCCCACACGCUGACCACCGACUGGAGGCUGCCGACGCCCCGAGCCACCGGGUCCGUGGACAAGGAGAGCGACAGCUACAGCGUCAGCCCCUCACAGGACACAGAUCGUGCGAGGAGCAGCAUGGUUUCCACAGAGAGCGCGUCCUCCACCUACGAGGAGCUUGCCAGAGCCUACGAGCACGCCAAGAUGGAGGAGCAGCUCCGCCACGCCAAGUUCACCAUCACCGAGUGCUUCAUCUCGGACACCUCCUCCGAGCAGAUGACAGCAGGGACCAACGACUACACCGACAGCGUGGCCUCCAGCACGCCGUCCGAGUCCGGCAUCUGCCGCUUCACCGCCUCGCCGCCCAAACCUCAGGACGUCAGUCGGGUCAUGACCAUGGCCGUGCCCAAGGCCCACAGACCUGCAGGAGAGCUGGUCCACCUGCCUCCUUACCUCCGUAUGGACUUCCUGUUGAACCGGGGCGUGCCGCCUCGAGGUGGAGGCGUCAGCUGCAGCAGCGGCAGCAGCAUAGGAGCAGGAGGAGGCAGGAGCAGGCAGAGGAGGGGGAGGGAGGAGGAAGCGAGGGAGGGCAGGAGGAGGAAGUGGUGCAUCGGGGGAGACGAGAGGAGUGGGAGGAGGAGCCAUGGGCCAGACCUGCCUGGAGCCUCAGAGGAGCCGCACCCUGAAGAGGCCCCCGCCCAUGGAGCCCACCCCCAUGGAAGUGCCGUCACCCAGGGAGGUGCAGCAGUGGCAGCCAGGAACCGCCUCCACCCUCCCCCACAGGGAUGCCCGGGAGAGGGGGGAGGCACGGGGGGAGGUCCGGGCGGACGCUCCCUCCUCGGGGGACCUGGCCCAAGCACAGGCUGCCAAGCUCAGCACCUCCCAGGAGUCCCUGCUGGACUCCAGAGGACACCUGAAACAGAGCAACAACCCCUACGCCAAGUCCUACACUCUGGUAUAACACUGGGCCACACGGACUGCUGCACACGGAGACAGAGACACAGGGAGACAGUUUACCGCUACAGCACAUGUUGUACAUAG